AUGUGUCCCUGGUGUCCCCCUUGUGUCCCCUUGUGUUCCUGGUGUCCCCCAUGUGUCUCCUGGUGUCUCCUGGGUGUCCCCCUUGUGUCCCUUGUGUCCUCUUCCAGGUCCCCAUGUGUCCCCUGGUGGCCCUGGUGUCCCCCAUGUGUCCCCUUGUGUCCCCUGGUGUCCUCCUCUUGUGUCCCUCUCCUGUGUCCCCCAUGUGUCCCCUGGUGUCUCCCCAGUCCUCAGGUCCCCUGGUGUCCCUCUCAGUCUCUUAUCCCUAUGUGUCUCCCAGGCUCCUCUGGUGUCCCCUUGUGUCCCCAUGUGUCCCCCAGGUGUCCUGGUGUCCCCCGUGUCCCCCCUGGUGCCCCAUGUGUCUCCUGGUGUCCCCAUGUGUCUCCUGGGUGUCCCUUUAGGAACCCCUGGUGUCCCCAUGUGUCCCCCUUGGUGUCCUCUUCUGUGUCCCCCUUUGUUCCCUGGGUGUCCCCUGUGUCCAUAUGUGUCCCCUGGUGUCCCCGUGUGUCCCCUUGUGUCCUUUGGUGUCCCCGUGUGUCCCCUGGUGUCCCCGUGUGUCCCCCUGUGCCCCCUGGUGUCCUCUUGUGUCCUCUUGUGUCCCCUUGUGUCCCUUUUUGUCUCCUGGUGUCCCUUUGUGUCCCCUGGUGUCCCCAUGUGUCCUCUAGUGUCCCCUUGUGUCCUCUGGUGUCCCAUUGUGUCCUCUAG